AUGGCCGUAACUCGUCACCUUCUUUCCAAGCCAAUCUCUUUCGUUGCUCUCAUCACCUUUUCAAUUUCCUCAUUGCUUCUUUUCCCAUCUCAAAUCUCCUCAAUCACCCUCUCUUUACCUCUGCUUAUCUUCUUCCUAUACUCCAUUUUCAACUCAUCAUCUUCAACCAAGCUCCCUCCUGGUCCACUCUCUGUUCCAGUCUUCGGAAACUGGCUCCAAGUUGGAAAUGACCUUAACCACAGACUCCUUGCUUCCAUGGCUGAAACUUACGGCCCCGUGUUCCUCCUCAAACUCGGGUCCAAAAAUCUCGCCGUCGUCUCCGACCCAGAGCUCGCAGCCCAGGUUUUGCAUACACAGGGCGUGGAGUUCGGCUCUCGCCCGCGCAACGUCGUGUUCGAUAUCUUCACCGGAAACGGGCAGGAUAUGGUGUUCACCGUUUAUGGCGAGCACUGGCGGAAGAUGCGCAGGAUCAUGACUCUCCCGUUCUUUACCAACAAGGUCGUGCGCCAUUACAGUGACAUGUGGGAGGAGGAGAUGGAGCUGGUUGUUCGUGAUUUGCAGAGGGACGAUGAUGAGAAAGGGAAGAAGAGAAGAGGGGUGGUUGUUCGGAGACGUCUGCAACUUAUGCUGUAUAAUAUUAUGUAUAGGAUGAUGUUUGAUGCCAAGUUCGAGUCAGAAGAAGAUCAUUUGUUUGUUCAGGCAACUGGGUUCAAUUCAGAGAGGAGCAGAUUGGCUCAGAGCUUUGAGUAUAACUAUGGUGAUUUUAUUCCUCUGCUGAGACCUUUCUUGAGGGGAUACUUGAAUAGGUGCAGAGAUUUGCAGAAGAGGAGGCUGGCGUUCUUUAACAACAACUAUGUUGAAAAAAGAAGGAAAAUAAUGGCUGCCAAUAAAGAGAACCACAAGAUAACAUGUGCUAUUGAUCACAUAAUAGAGGCCCAACUGAAAGGAGAGAUCACUGAAGAAAACGUGCUCUACAUAGUAGAAAACAUCAAUGUGGCAGCGAUUGAAACGACAUUAUGGUCGAUAGAAUGGGCAAUAGCCGAGCUGGUGAACCAUCCAGAAGUUCAGAAAAAAAUCCGAGACGAAAUUCGAGCAGUCUUGAAGAAAAAUCCAGCGACAGAAUCCAAUCUACAAGAGCUUCCAUAUUUGCAGGCAGUGGUAAAGGAGACCCUCAGGCUCCACACGCCAAUCCCACUUCUGGUGCCGCACAUGAAUUUAGAAGAAGCUAAGCUUGGUUGGUUCACAAUUCCAAGAGAGUCUAAGGUGGUGGUGAACGCAUGGUGGCUGGCUAAUAAUCCUAAAUGGUGGAAAGAUCCAGAGAAUUUCAGACCAGAAAGAUUUCUGGAGGAAGAAACCAGGACAGAAGCUGUGGCCGGAGGGAAGGUUGAUUUCAGAUUCUUGCCAUUCGGGAUGGGGAGGAGGAGCUGUCCAGGAAUCAUACUGGCGCUGCCAAUACUGGGCCUUGUGAUUGCAAAACUAGUUAGCAACUUUGAGAUGAAGACUCCUCCAGGAGUAAAGAAGAUUGAUGUGAGUGAGAAGGGAGGACAGUUCAGCCUCCACAUCGCCAAACAUUCUACUGUUGUCUUCGAACCUGUUCUGUUGCCACAAUAAUUUGGAUCCUCCAACCUUGAGUACUUUUUCGACAUUAAUUUCAUGUUCAAUUUGAGAACGGGAUUG